CCUAACUAUUAUUAUUGAUAAAUUUAUUAUCCUUAGUGAGAGAAAAUAUUAUAAAAAAAAUAUGAAUCAAAAUGUGUUUUAAGAUCUUCAAGAAUGUAAAUCGACUGAUUUUAAUAUUAAUUAAAUUUACAUGUUUUUCAGAAAGUCCACAAGCCCUUAUUUAUACUAUUUGGCUAAACAACACCAUGCACUUUGGCUUAAGAGGUCGUCAAGAACACUCCACUAUGUUAUGGGGAGACAUUGAAUUAAAAAAUACAGCAGACGGAACAAGAUUCCUGCAAUUUACCGAGAGAGCAACCAAGACAAGAAAUAAAAUCACAGAUGAUCCCAGAAUGUUUCAGCCGAAGAUUUUUGAAGUAAAAGGUGACCGAAACUGUCCAGUUCAACUGUACUUGUUGUUUAAGAAUAAGAGACCAGACUUAUCUCCACAAGGAAGGUUUUAUCUAGGUAUCAACCAUAACGUUUGUUCAGAUGAUGAGCCCUGGUACAUGAAAACACCGAUGGGAAAAAAUACCCUAGGAUCCAUUGCCAAAACGAUUAGUGAAAAGGCUGGGUUUUGUGCAAGGCACACCAACCACUCUGGUCGAAAAACAGCUAUAACUAAAUUGUUGGAAGCUGGGUGUUCACCAACGGAGGUCGCACAAUUAUCAGGACAUAAAAAUAUCCAGAGCCUGAAUCACUAUCACACAAUGAGCAUAGAGAAACAAAGAAACAUGUCAUCAAUCAUCCACAAAACCAGCACUUUAACGUCAAGAAUUGACACUGAAAUGAACGACAAUUUGGAUGAAGAAUUAGUUGCAAGUUCCCAAGAAACUGAAAGCACCUUACAUACAAUUCAUUCUUAUGAAGAAGUGCAAAACAAUCCAGUGCAGCAUGUCAUUGACUUACCAAUUGCUCAAAGCCCAGGGGGUUCGCUAAGAAUGAACCCAAUGUCAUUGUUUAAUGGUUGCACAUUUAAUAGUUCAAUCACAAUAAAUAUGAAAUAAUACUUCUAUACAUACAAGUGUAAAAUUAUGUUACAACAAACGUAACUUAUAAAAAUGAUAUGAAUAAAAAUUAUCAUAAUAAAUAAACAACUAUAUAAAGUUAAUGAGUUAUUAUGUGUUCUUUUUUUUAAAGUUUAUAUUUUUACAUAAUUCCUACCCCAAAUGAAGUAACGUCAAGGAUUUUAAAGGAUAUUAACUGUUAGAUACCAAUAUUCAAUAUUAUCAUGAGCUUACUGUUCUACUAAUUAUCUAUGAAAUCAUAAAUAAUCAUCCCAAGUUUUAACUGUCAUAAAAGACGUUUAUACCAGUCCAAGUGUAUUAAAGACGUUAAUACACGGCAGGAGAGGGCCGGAAGGUGAUAAUCGGCCCUGA